CACUAUUUUUAUUUUGAAAGUACAUCAGUACGUGUGUUGAAACAAAUAUUUAAAUACAUAAACCAAACAUGGACUACCGCAGCAAAUUUUUGACGGCAUUUGGUUUGAUUUUGGUACUGCUAGUUGGAAAUAUUUCAUACCUCAAAGAAAGCAUUGUAGAAGAAAAGGGAAGAAUCGAAUCCAUUCCUGAUUAUGAUAUUUGUACUCUUUACGAUCAUUCAGAAGGAAUUAAUCGUUUGUUGUUUCAAAAAAAUUACAAACCGUUAGUAGUAAUAAUAGCAGAUGAAUUUAUUGACGGAAUUAACAGAGUUAGAAAUAUAACUCAGAGCAAAAGGAUUUUACAUGAUGACCUAAUAAAAAACGAUCCUUCUCUAUUUGAGUUCCAUCAGAUAAUAUCUGAACAUUUUUAUCUAUAUGAAGCUAAGAAUCUAUACUAUUUUGUCUAUCCGAUAAACAUUCUAGACAAUAUUUUCACCAUAUAUUGUCAAAAAAUGCUGUUAAAGAAUCAAUUGGGUGUUAUGUUUGACUUUGUUAACGUAAAGGAUGAGUACCCUUUUUUUGAAGAUGUUCUAAUUCCUUUAAACUCAAGCUGUACAAACUGUACUCUUGAAGAAUAUGUUAAACGAAAACUACAAACAGGGGAAAGUUUUUCAGAAUUAAUUAAGUUACGUGAACAAUUGUUUAGAGGAGAAAAGAGACACUUAACCAUUAAGGCAUUCGACAAUGAUGAGCUUUGUGAUUCAAUUGGAUUUAACUUUAAUUCUCAAAGCUAUAAUUUUUUAACGUACUUUAACUCAUUACUGCAACAAAUCCAAAACAAUGUCAACAAUACAUUAACAACUGGCAACAAUAUUAGUAAAAGAACAAGUACUGUAAAAAGAAGCCUAACGUGCUUUCAGUCAAGAAAUCUAGAAGUGACAGCAGAUGUUUUUUACGGUAACAGUAACGUUAAACGUUAUCAACAUCCUUUUAUUGAAAUCAGUUAUUUAAACUGGCUUCAAAAUACUAUAUCUUCACUGACUAGCAACGAUACUUUUUUUGGGAAUAUUUGCCAAGAUGAACACAAAAUAGAUAUAUUUAAAUUAUUUUGUUUUAUAAAAGAUGUAUCAGGUGAUACAACUUUUCAAAUAACUGCUUGGAUAGAUACCCUAAAACAACUUGUCACUAAAUCAUUGAUCACCCAAAUAGAAUGGUUCGGAACUUUGAAAGAAUUGUACUAUCAGGAAAAUGUGUGGAAAAGAGAUGACGUUUCAGUGACACUUGAUUAUUUACAUAAAGAAAUGCUAAAAGUAAAUGAAAAUUGGAGGAGUGUUAUGAAAACUGCUUACAACUUCGUUGCAAAUUAUGUGAGUGAGAAGAGCAAUAUGUACCACAGAUCUAUAUUAUCUUCACCCUGUACAAUUUUCAAUUAUUGGAAUACAAUUGAUAAUCUAUUUCCUAAGAUAGAAUACAAGAGAUUAGUUAUAAUCGUAGCAGAUGAUAUGCAGGCAAGAGUUUUGAAAUUGAAUUUUAGAAGAAACAGACUAAGACUAAAAGUAAAACGAGAAAGUCUUCAUUAUACAAAACAGUUUGUGUACGAUGAAAUAAUGAAACAUAUUUAUCUGUAUCAAUCCAUUAAUACUUAUUACUAUGUUUAUCCCAUGAGCACCGAUAGAUAUCAAGAUGCAUUGAUUACUUAUUUGGAGAACAAGAUGAUUAAUGAUUACUCCAAAGUUGUAUUUUACUUUGUAAACUCUUCUAAUUAUUUCUCUCUUGGUGAAUUUACUAAUAAUGGCUUAAAUGACGUUGUUAUUCCUGCACUACCAGAUAACUGUAACUUAAUUAUAAAAAACUGUACAGUUCGGUUUUUAAAUCCAAUGUACUUAAUUAAUUUGCAUCAGGAAUUUCAUAAACGCUUUUCAAAAUAUUUUCCAGUAUAUGCUACUUUUUACAACGACUUAACAAAUUUUACUAAUAACAACUUGCAUUAUACAGGAAAUUCAUACAUUGAAUAUUCAAAGGAAUUUUAUUAUUUUUUACAAGAAAAGCCAAUUUCUUUAAAAACAAAUUAUUUAUUUAAAGAUUUACCUUGCGAAUCCUCACGGAAAUUAGAUAAGAGGAUCGAUAUUGAUUUUAGUAUGACUAACAUGACAGAUUUUCUUCUUCUUUACAAACUACUAUUAUCUGCUCAAAAAAACAUAAUAUCAACAAAUAUCACAGACAAUAGUAAUGAAAAAUAUCUUUGCAGAAGAUUGAAAAUUUUUAAAUUUAUUAAACCUUUUUGUUUUUUAAGAACAAAUUAUAUAAAAGGUUUACUAAAAGUUAUAAAUUCGAAAUCGACUUUCAUUGGGAAUACGAAAAUUAUUGUUGAAACUGAGAAAAAACUUAUAAUCGAAUAUUUGAAUAAUACAUUAAAGUGGAUGGACACAAUUUUUGGGUGGGAUUACUUUGAUUUUGAGAAUGAUGGAACUAAAUUAUUAAUAAAAUCCCAAACUCUUUACUCAAAACUACCAAAUAUUUUCUUUAAUAAUGAAGAUUUGUCAGAUAAAAUCUAUUUAGCACGACGACAAAGUGCAAUUUUUUAUGAAUGUAAUAAAAAAUUUUAAAAUUAAUGAUGUUCUGAGUAACAUGGCAUACAAUUUAAAAUUUCCCAAUUAAUGUAUUACAAUACUAUUGUAUUCAAAUAUAUUUGUAUUAGUAAUUAACUAAAA